AUGCGGUCGACCGUCGCGCUGGUCCUCUCCGCCUUCGUCGCGGGCGUUGCAGCUCAGAACAACUACACCUUCCCUGCUGGCUUCAAUCUGGGCCUCGUCCCUGAGACCACAAAAGCGGCGUGGUGCCAGGCCGAACGAAACACCUGCCCGCAGAUCUGCGGUGGAGCUGCCUCGCCUAAUGACUGCGAUACAGACACCCUGAACUUCAGCUGCGUUUGCAUCAACGGCACUGUCCCCGACGUGUCUGCAUACCAGAACACGAUCCCCUUCUUCGUCUGCCAGGAGAACUACAAGCAGUGCAUCCAGAAUCACCCCAACGACCUCGACGGCCAGAACCAGUGCAAGGCAAAUGCUAAGUGUGGUACCCUGAACGCCACGGCCAUGGAGGACUCGGCCUCGACCACCAGCGCCGCUGCUGCUUCAACUACCCUGUCGACGGCCACAUCGGCUCCUGCCACCGCGCAGACGACGGCCACCAGUGCCACCGCUACGGCGUCUACCUCGAAAGCCGCGGCUGCGGCUGUCCGAGUCGCCCAGGACCACUCCACGGGCCUGUUCGUGGCCGCUAUGCUUGCCGCGUUCCGCUUGAUUCUGUAG